AUGGAGAAUGAACAUGAUGAUACAUCAUGUUUAAGGACUAGACGUAAAACAUCGUCGAGUCUAUCAUGUUGCUUCAUUAAUAGCCAUCGUCGUUCGGACCUGUUAAUUGAGUCUUCGCCAAGUCCUUCGAGAUUCUCGUCCUGUUGGUUCCGUAACAAAAUAAAACAUGAUCAUAAUUCGCCGGAGAUUAGAGGAAAAUGUAAGAGCUUCAUCCAUCGUAUGGGUAGACAUCGUCGCCAUGUAUCGGCAGAUUUUAGCUAUGAUCCCCUUAGUUAUGCUAUGAACUUUGAUGAUGAUGAUGAACCUUACGAGGAAUUUCCUGCAAGGAACUUUGCAGCAAGAUUGCCAUUAUCUCCUCCUUCCAAAGACAAAAUACCAAUCACCAAUAUGCAGAGUAAAAGCUUUAAAUUGCCAGACCGAAGGUCACGAGCCAUACAAGACGUAAGGAGAAGCCUUGAAAUGCCAAUCACUCAAGUAAACAAUGCCAUUUUAACAGAAGAUGCAAAAAACACCUUUUGA